AUGUCAGCAGUAUCAGCGGAAUUUGCGCAACCUCAAACGAAUGAAAUAAAGGAAGAGGCAAAACAAACAAUGCAACAUCAACAUCAACGCCGGAGAAAAAGACCGAGUUUGGUUUGUACAAAUUGUAAAAAGAGAAAAAUUAAAUGUGAUCGACAAUUACCAUGUUCAAACUGUGUAAAGGCUAGAGGCAACAUUCAAUGUUGUUAUGACGAAGAAGGUUUUAUUGAUUUAAUACAAAAAUCAGAGACAGAAAUUCGGCCGUAUGAGCAAAGUGCUAAACAACCAUUGCUGUUUGUUAAUAAUUCGUCUCCGACUAGCACUGCUGGUUCAAGUAGUAGGAAGAGAGGCAACACAAGUCAAGAAGAGUCCGGUUCCAAGAAACUGAAAGACACAACAUCAGACCAACUUUCUAAUUCGUUGCUUGAGAUCAAAAUGUUGAAACAAAGAUUAGAAUCGAUUGAAUCAAAUCUACAUCACAAUGGUCUGAGCAAUGAAAACUCCCCAAACUAUCAAACACCACCGGCUAAUAAGCAUCUCCAAUUAGCUCAAACAGCACCAUAUUCAAUUCCAUCACCAGUAUUGCCUCGGCCAACGAUUCAACCUCUGUUAUCUACUAUUUACAAUUUAUCAAACACGAGAUCCCCUUCGUCGAUACAGCUACCUUCGAUAAGGGACCACAUGCCACCACAUGAGUCCCCAAUUAGUAGUUCAAUUACGGGGCAACUGGUGUCAUCCACAGCCACUUCUCCCAAUUACAUCCCCCCUGAUUCAAGGACAAAUUUGUUAGGAGUUAAUCCUUACUUGAACGAAAUGGAGACCAUUAAUUUUUUUGACAAUUACUCAUCAAUAUGUUGCAAAGAUUUUAUGAGAGUUAACUACGGACCUUUUGCUUGGACAUCAAUGAUGAAGCGUGAUGACGGAUUGCUUACGCUUUGGGAAUUUAUAAGUAAACAAAAGGAAAGUUCGCAAAAUUUUGUUGUGUGUCCUGUGAGCAAUGAGGUAACCAAGGAAAACACACAAGUUGUCAUUAGUGACAACAAUGAGUCUGAUAUGCAAUUCCGUAAGCGAAUGUUGGAAACCAAUGGUUAUAGUGACGUUGUGCCUUACAAUAUGUUGAAAUCGAAAUUGAAAUCGAAACCUAAUAAGGAGACGUUGCAAUUGGAAUUGACUUUGUUUGACAAUCAGCUUGGUUGUGAGUUGCUAUUGAUUGAUAGAAUAAGAAGGACUCUUCCAAGCAAGAAAGUAGUAUGGAAGUUGAUUGAUCGGUUUUUUGAAUGGUGUUACCCUUUUAUGCCAUUUUUAAUUGAAGAAGAGUUUAUCGAGUGGACGGAAAAAAUAAUCGGGCCUCGAUCCUACGAAGACGUUCCAUUUAAGGACUUGAAGAUCGAGAAAAGACUAGACUUGGCAUUGGUGGGGACGUUGUUGAUUACAAUGAGAUUAUCAUACUUGUCUCUCUUUUCAAACAAAACGCUGGAGAAUGAAGAGAGAUUAAACACAACUGAUCCUAAUCCAAAAGCCCAAGACACCAAGUAUCUUAUGCAAAACCCUAUUGGUAUCGAAAGUAUAGAAAUUGCUCGUUAUUGCUUUUACCAAUUUGAUAUAUUAAGAAGAGCAAGUUUGCCUUUGAUUCAAUUGGGAUUGUACAUGAAAAUUUACUAUAUGUUUGCUCCAGAAGAUGGCGAUGAUGGUGAUGGGGCUGACUCAAAUGGUUUAUCAGCGUUGGUUGUUCAAAUGGCAUACUCUUUGGGACUUAAUCGCGAGCCUGAUAAUUUUCCCGAUGUGUUAACAGAUAAGAGAAAGAAUCAUCUUGGGAGAAAGAUUUGGCAAGUCAUAGUCAUGUCAGAUUUGUAUCAAGCGUAUUCCUAUGGUAGCCAAAUGCUUAUUAGUCCCGACAGCUACGACACUAAACCUCCAUUUUCCACUGAAGAGAAUUCAAAUUUGAAGGAUAAGAAUUUAGACAAGUACAUCACUGACUUGUAUUUUUCAAAGGAUACAGGAAUGACAAAUGUCCUUAGAGAACUACUAAAGAAAAUUCUUAGCUUAACUGGAAGAACCAAACUUAGUGAGUUGACCAAUUUGAUUAGUGAAUUAGAAGUACGGUUGGGUCAAAGUUUUGGUUCAUUAAAAGAGUGCUUGCAGGCAAAUACAUACAACACCCAUGUGUUUGCGAGAAAUUUCCCUGCCAAGCAUUACAUUUCAAUGAAGUCAUUCCUUGUGUCGACUUUUUAUCACAUAUUUCUUCAUUACGAAAACAAAGAUGUGCAAUUGACGUAUUUUUACUUGAAAAAGAUUAUUCAAAUUGCUGCUAUCGACUUGAUGCCUCAUUAUUUUGAAUUGAUGGGAAACAGUGCCGUGAUUUGUGAUAUGUUUAUCAAUCCCAAAUUGCAACACAUUAUUCAUAAAUUGAACCAACUUAAUAUCGCCGUGAUUAUCCGCGUUAACUUGACCAUCUACAGAUUAAAAUCUCAGCCUGACCAUGAAUCAAGGUGUUUGUCUGAUAAUGCAUACUAUGAAUACUACAAGGAGUUGUGCAAACUUUCCUCGUGUUUAACCAGGUCAGCUGAAGUUUCAAUUGCCGCUGUGUCCAAAUUGAGUUCGAGGUAUUUUUACGCAUGGAAAUUGACAAAGAGUCAUUCUUAUUUUUUAAAAGUAGUCACUUCGAUGGAUUUUUACAAUGAUAAUCUUGUUAAAGCUAAUCUGAAGGUCAGGUUCCCUGACUUUUCCACGGCCCAGAUCAAAGAGUUGGUCAAUUUGUGUGAAGGUACGUUGCGUAGAUUGGGUAAAGUUGAAUUAAUGGGUAAGGAAUUUUGCAAAGAUGUUACGUAUACGCAAUAUGCAAAUAAUAAUGAUGCUACAUCUUCCAUGUCAUCGACAUCAAAGGAUACCGGUAAUUUAUCCACUCCGACUAGUGAUACAUCAAUUGGUGAAUUCACCAAGGAGUUUGGGUUGGAUUAUCUCAAUAGUGAAGAUAUUGAUCGAAUUUGGUUGCAAAUGUUGUCACAGAAUCAACAACAGCAACUGAAUCAGCAGUUGAACUACGGCAUCUCGCAGCAACAACUGCAACUGCAACUGCAACUGCAGGAGCAACAUCUGCAACAGCAACCGCAGCAGCAGGGUUCAUUCCAGAAUUAUCUGUUGCAGCAGCUGCAACAACCACAACUGCAACUGCUGCAGCAGCGGCCCCAGCAACAACAGCCUAUAGGGAACUCGGGCCAACCACAAAGGUGGUAUGGAAUAUCGUCAGGACCAAAUUGGCAAGGUGGAGCUGCCUUUAAUUCAUUUGAUGCGCCCGUGACACCCGGUUUUGUUACGAAUGGCGGCCUAGAUGAUAUCAAUCUGUUUGAUUUUUUCAAUGAUUUACCUCUUGAUCAAGUAUUUUCAAGUUAG